AAUAUGAAACGUGAGUCUGGAAGAAAAGUCCAGACUGGAAACAUCACUGCUGCUAAGACUAUUGCUGACAUUAUCCGAACAUGUUUAGGACCAAGAGCUAUGAUGAAGAUGCUUUUGGACCCCAUGGGUGGGAUUGUGAUGACCAAUGAUGGCAAUGCUAUUCUUAGAGAAAUUCAAGUCCAGCAUCCAGCUGCAAAAUCAAUGAUAGAGAUCAGCCGUACUCAAGAUGAAGAAGUUGGAGAUGGGACCACAUCUGUAAUCAUCCUUGCAGAUACUUUUUGUCUGGAGAUGCUUUCUGUUGCCGAACACUUCCUCGAACAGCAGAUGCACCCAACUGUGAUCAUUGGGGCUUAUCGUAAGGCUCUGGAUGACAUGAUCGGUAUUCUAAAGAAAAUUGGCACUCCAGUGGAUGUGAACAACAAAGAGAUGAUGCUUAAAAUAAUAAAGAGUGCUAUAAAUACCAAGGCAAUAAACCGCUGGUCUGACUUGGCCUGUAGCAUUGCUCUUGAUGCUGUUAAGACUGUGGAGUUUGAAGAAAAUGGCAGAAGGGAAAUUGAUAUUAAAAAAUACGCAAAAGUAGAAAAGAUUCCAGGUGGUUUUAGUGAAGAGUCGUGUGUUUUGCGUGGAAUCAUGGUGAAUAAGGAUGUAACUCAUCCCAGGAUGCGUCGCCUUAUUAAGAAUCCACGCAUUGUCCUUCUGGAUUGUUCACUGGAGUACAAGAAAGGAGAGAGCCAGACUGAUAUUGAAAUAACGCGGGAGGAAGACUUUGCCCGCAUCCUGCAGAUGGAGGAAGAGUACAUUCAGCAGAUUUGCGAGGAUCUGAUGAGAGUCAAGCCAGAUCUGGUCAUCACAGAAAAAGGAAUUUCUGACUUGGCCCAACACUACCUGAUGAAAGCCAACAUCACCGCGAUCCGCAGAGUGAGAAAGACAGACAAUAACAGGAUUGCCAGGGCCUGCGGAGCUCGCAUUGUGAGUCGCACAGAUGAGCUGCGGGAGGAGGAUGUGGGAACUGGAGCCAGGCUCUUUGAAGUUAAAAAAAUAGGAGACGAGUAUUUUGCCUUCAUCACUGAUUGCAAAGACCCCAAGGCUUGCACUAUCAUUCUGCGUGGAGCCAGCAAGGAAAUCCUGGCAGAGGUAGAGCGCAACCUUCAGGAUGCCAUGCAGGUGUGUCGCAAUGUCCUCAUCGACCCGCAGCUGGUGCCAGGAGGGGGAGCUACCGAAAUGGCCGUUUCCCACGCGCUGACAGAGAAGUCCAAAGGCAUGACGGGCGUGGAGCAGUGGCCCUACCGUGCGGUAGCCCAGGCUCUGGAAGUCAUUCCCCGAACACUGAUCCAGAACUGUGGUGCUAGUACCAUCCGUGUGCUGACCUCGCUCAGGGCAAAACACACUCAAGAAGGCAGCCAGACGUGGGGAGUGAAUGGCGAGACUGGUGCCCUGGUUGAUAUGAAGGACCUGGGCAUCUGGGAGCCUUUAGCAGUCAAAUUGCAAACCUACAAAACAGCGGUCGAGACUGCAGUUCUCCUCCUCCGCAUCGAUGACAUUGUUUCGGGGCACAAAAAGAAGGGUGACGAUCAAAGCAAGCAGCCCGCUGCGCCGGAGGCAGCCCAGGAAUAAGGGGUUGAGUCGCCGCUGGGAAGAACCGGGCACCUCGCACUCGACUGGGAAGAGCCUGACGAAGCAACCCUGUCCUGAGGCUGAGCUGGGGCAAUGUUUGUCACGAGUCUGUGGGAGGGAUGGGGGGGAAAAAAAAAAACCCACAGAGGUGGGGAGAGGGCUGAUGGGUCAUGUAAGUGCCCCUGCUCCGGGUGGACAUACUGAUGCUAAUUUAAGUCUCUGGACCGUAACAUCUCCUUACCGUUUGCCUCAAAAAUAAACCGCCU